AUGGAGCGUACAAGACGCCAGGGACUUGUCGUCGAAUCCAUCAGGAAUCUCCUGAGGGUCCUCACGAUAGAGCCGAUGCUAUUCGUGAGAUCGAUAUCGUACUCGGCUCCUUUGGCUACCAUCGAAAGUUUCAAGCUGCAGCGGUUCUGUCGCGUGAACCUGAACUACUCGGCCGAUCUGUGUGAGAAAAUGGACGACGGCCACCACACCGACCUUCAGGUGGAGGUGCAGAAACUGGUCAACGUCUUCAAUUUCUACGACAAUCUCCUGGGCAGCAUCAUCCCCGUGGUGAUGAUCUUGUUCAUCGCGUCUUGGAGUGACCAGAGGGGGAGGAAGUGGCUGAUGGUGCUGUCCCUCUUCGGAUACACGCUCUACAUGGGGACGUAUCUACUCGCUUCCAUCUUCACCUCUUGGCCUGCUGAGGUCCUCUACGUCGGCUCGUUUUCUCUGUCCCUAGGCGGAGGGAUAGUGCUGUUCUACAUGGCCGUUUACAGCUACAUCGUCGACCACUCUCAGACCGAAAGUCGAACGGCGCGUCUCACCAUCAUGAGAGUGUUCUGGCAACUAGGCAAUCCUGCUGGAACGGCGAUCGGCGCCCUCAUCUACGGUGCGGCCGGUUACUCUUGGGUAUUUGCGCUGAGCGUCGCCUUAUACAUCCUGUGUCUUAUAUACUGCGUCGUCCUCGUGAAAGACAAUGAGAAACCGAAGGGGGUAGAUCAGGGAGUUUCGAAGCAACGCAGCAUUUACAACCCCAAGAACGUCGUCGACUUGGUCAGAACGUGUUUCAGAAAGCGAGAAGGGAGGGGGUCACUGCACAUAUUGAUCCUCGUGGUCAUCAUGCUCAUGGUCUUUGGCACGUUCCCACACAACCUGUACCUCUGGACUUUGAGAGUUCUCAACUGGAACAUGAACUCUUACAGUUUGUACAUGACAGUGAAUCAAGUGUGCCAGACAAUUUCGAUGCUCUGCCUGACCCCUUUGCUGACGUGCCUGCGGCCCCAUGACUGCUCCCUGGGAAGCAUAACUGGAACCCUUCUGUUCAUCAAGUUUUUGACUCUUGGGUUGGUCACCGAGGCGAGCCAGAGCUGGGUCCUUUACCUUUUCGUCAUCAUUCCUACGGACUUCGCCACCAUCAGUAUCAGGAGUCUGCUGUCAAAGGUUUGUACAAAUGAUAACAUAAGCAAAAAGGAAAGUGUCCUGUUAGAGAUAGAAAAAUGUUCAAUGACGAAUAGGGAAUGA